CAAAUCGAUCUAGUCUAUGCGCUUAUCUUUAGUAGUAGUAAUGUCUUACAAAUCUCAAAGACAGGCGAGGGCAAGAGUCUCGUGUUUAUAGCCUUUACGUAUCUGACCGGCCUAAUAACGCUCCAAUUCACACUACUAAACCGCCUCGGCGAGGAACAGGCAGAGGCUAUUGACAACCGUUAUUAG